GCAUGCGCCGCGCCGAGGAGCCGCACAAGAAGUGGCGUUCGGAUUUAGAGUCGCGUGCCGCGAGGUUCGUCCGGUGAAGCACGCGUCUCAAAAGUUCCAUCCCAGGUAGCGAGCAACAUCGUCGCCUUCUAGAAUGACCAUAAGAUGGUGGCCAAACGCCUGCUGAUACUUCUGCCGAUAUUCCUGUCCUGCAUUGUAGGUUUCGCAAAAAGGGUGAAUAUAGUGGGACUGUUCGACAAGGAUGAAGACAUCCGGUGGACGUUCGAAUCAUCGGUGUCGGCGGUGAACAAAGAGAAAAACGAUAACGAGGAACUACCAAAAGUGUAUUUGAUGCAGAACUCGAAUAACAUUACACUGUUCGACGUGUUCGAGACAGCCGAGAGAGUAUGCGAAAUGGUGGGCCUGGGUGUCGUUGGGAUCUUCGGCCCUCAGGACAAAGUAAUCUCGGAGCACGUGCAAAGCAUGUGCGAUUCGAUGGACAUACCGCACAUCUCCGUGCGACAGGAUACCGCUGAACCAUCCCAGCCACGUGGAAUAGGUCUGAAUCUGUAUCCGCACGUGAGCAUACUAGCACGACUGUACGAUCAACUCGUCACGGAGUUCAAGUGGAAGUCUUUCGCAAUAUUGUACGAGGACACCGACAGUCUGAUUCGUCUGCGUCUUCUAUUGAAACGAUGGGAUCCCCAUGGCGAAUCCAUGUUCGUGUUUCAUUUAGGAGAAGGACCGAACUAUAGGGAAGCGAUGCAAAAGAUUAAAGAUGCGGAAUUAGAGAACAUCAUCAUCGAUUGCUCGUACGACAUACUCGACGAUGUCCUCAAACAGGCCCAACAAGUUGGCAUCUUGUCCGAACGGUACAAAGUAAUCGUGACUUCUUUGGAUUUGCAAGCCGUGGACUUAGAGCCGUAUCAGUAUUCCGGCGUCAACUUCACCGGUGUGCGACUUAUUGACCCCGAAGAUCCAAUAGUGAAUGAAACCAUGUUCAAGCACAGGAACGAAUGGAAUCUGGACGAUUCUUCGAAGCUGCGAACCGAACCCGCGCUCAUGUACGACGCGGUGCAGCUUUUCGCGAGGGCCUUGAAGCAACUCAGGGAUGCCACGAAGCAGGGUGACGUCAAGGAACUACCGUGCGACGGCAGUGAGAGAUGGGAACACGGGCUAAGUUUGAGCAACUUUAUGCGAUUGGCAGAAACGAGAGGUUUGACGGGCCUCGUUAAGUUCGACAGAGACGGUUUCCGCAGCAAUAUACAAUUAGACAUCGUACGUCUGACUGAAAACGGUUUGGUUAAAAUUGGGAUGUGGAAUAGCACGUCGGGACAGAACAUUGAUUGGAUACCGGACGUCAGCAAGAAGAAGACAGAAGAGGAAAUAAGUUUGCAAAAUAAAACUUUCAUCGUCUUGAUAUCGCUCACUGCGCCGUACGGUAUGCGAAAAGAAUCGUGGUCUAUGCUGAGCGGUAACGAUCGUUAUGAAGGUUUCGGAAUCGACAUUAUGCAAUUGAUCAGCGAGGAUCUCGGAUUCAAUUACACGCUGCAAGUGGAGUCCGAUUACGGAUCAUUGAACAAGCACACUGAAAAGUGGACUGGCAUGCUCGGGAAAAUUAGAACUGAUGAUGCAGAUCUGGCUAUCACGGAUUUAACGAUCACGUCAGAACGAGAGACUGCCGUCGACUUCACGAUGCCGUUCAUGAAUUUAGGUAUAAGCAUUCUCUACAAAAAGCCCACGAGAGCGCCUCCGAGUUUAUUUUCAUUCUUGUCACCGUUUUCCAACGACGUCUGGUUGUAUUUAAUUGGGGCCUACAUAGUAGUGUCCCUUCUUUUAUUCAUAAUCGGUAGACUAUGCCCGGCAGAAUGGAACAAUCCUUAUCCUUGCAUUGAGGAUGCCGAAGAAUUGGAAAAUCAAUUCACGUUCAAGAAUGCAUUUUGGUUCGCGAUAGGCAGUAUUAUGCAACAAGGCAGCGAGAUUGCACCAAUAGGCAUUUCUACGAGGAUGAUGGCAGGGUCAUGGUGGUUCUUCUGUCUGAUAAUAGUAUCUAGCUACACUGCGAAUCUGGCGGCAUUUUUAACUGUGGAGACCGUGGUGUCACCGUUCGAUAAUGUCGAAGAGCUCGUAAAAAGGAAGAACAUAAAGUACGGAGCGAAACAAAAAGGAUCCACGUUAAAGUUUUUCGAAAAUUUUGGCAAUCCCAAGGAAAGCAAUCACUCCACGUACACGGAAAUGUACGAAUAUAUGACGAGUCAUGCAAAUGACGUACUACAGCUGUCAAAUGAUGAUGGCGUGCAAAAAGUUAAGGACGAAGACUACGCGUUUCUAAUGGAAUCCAGCUCAAUUGAAUAUAUCAUGGAGAGGGAGUGCGAAGUCACGCAAGUCGGUGGAUUGCUAGAUGAGAAGGGUUACGGCAUCGCUAUGAAGAAAGGAUCGCGCUAUCGGACCGCCUUCAACAAGGCCAUUUUGAAGUUAUCGGAAAGCGGCAUUCUCACCGAGCUCAAGAAGAAGUGGUGGCAGCAAAAACGAGGCGGUGGCAAAUGUCGGGAGACCGGUGGAGCUAGCACGGCGCAGGAAUUAGGUCUCGAUAAUGUUGGAGGAGUAUUCUUGGUACUCGCCGUAGGCGUUGCCUUAUCCUGCGUGUACACCGUACUCGAGUUACUUUGGGAUGUUGCCCGAACGUCCAUUCGAGAAAAUGUAUCCUUUAAGGAAGAAUUGAUGAGCGAAAUUAAAUUUAUCUUGAAGUGCAGCGGUUCGAAAACGGUGCGAAGAAAAAAUGGACUGUCCAGUAAAAGCGGCAAUGGCAGUACGAGGGGGUGCACCCCUCCGUACGGUUUUAUACCGACGGUAAUAAGAACGUCGCCAACUGACGGCAAUUAACGACAGUGCGAGUUUCGAGUAAUGAUGAGAAGUUUGCAUACGCGGAUUUAUGGCUUCAUUGCCCGCGUUGGCACACGAACUAACACGAAUUACAGCGUCAGCAUUUUAAGAAACUCGCGGACCGAAUGGAAGAAAAUUAUAAGAAUUACAAUUUCUAAUACCAUAAAGAUUGCAAAGAAAUAUAUAUGACACUGUUUUCAAACGUGGGUUCACUUUAUACUUGUAUCAUUUUAUUUCCGGCGCGCGUCGAGAUUGAUGCUAAGAGACGACGAAAUGAGACAGGGAUGAAUGUAUUAACAACGACUUUGACAGCUGAUAUUAUUAAGCAGGAGCUUAUCCAGGCGAAAUUUUAAAUUCUACAUUAUGUCUUCAAGUGGAAAAAAAAACGGAAAUUCCCACUCCCUUGUAGCGUUAAGCGAAAAGCACAAUAGAAGACCUUUGAACAUUUAA